GGAGAGGAGAAGAGGAUGAAGGCGGCCAAGCAGCAGGUGACCCCGGCUGGGGAGAGCCCGGCUCCCGCCAGCCCCCUGCAGUCCGCGCUGAGCACGGCGGCCUCUCCUUCCCAGGCGUACGAGAUCUACAUCGACAACGGGCUCAUCUGCCUCAAACACAAGAUCAGGAACAUCGAGAAAAAGAAGCUCAAACUAGAAGACUACAAGGAUCGUCUUAAGAAGGGAGAAACCCUCAAUCAAGACCAAUUGGAGGCAGUAGAGAAAUAUGAUGAAGUAGUGCACAACCUGGAAUUUGCCAAGGAGCUUCAGAAGACCUUUUCAGGGCUUAGCCAAGAUCUGCUAAAAGCACAGAAGAAGGCUCAGCGGAGAGAGAGUCUACUGAAGCUUGAAGCAGAGAAGAAGAAGCUGCGUACAAUACUUCAAGUCCAGUAUGUGCUGCAGAACUUCACUCAAGAGCAUGUUCAGAAAGAUUUCAAAGGUGGUGUGAAUGGUGCAAUAUACUUGCCUUCUAAAGAACUAGACUACCUCAUAAGAUUUGCAAAACUGACGUGUCCAGAAAGAAAUGAGAACUUGAGUGUUGAAGACCAGAUGGAACAAUCAUCUCUCUACUUCUGGGACCUUCUAGAAGGAAGUGAGAAACCUGUGGUUGGAACAACAUAUAAACACAUGAAGGACCUGUUAUCCAAACUUCUAGACUCUGGCUACUUUGAAAGUAUUCCAACUCCUCCCACCACUGUGCCAAUAAAAGAAUUGGAAGAAGAAGUAAAUAGAAAACCUGAGAAAAGACCCCUGUCAAAAGGAGAGUCUGCCAAAGAACCAGAAUCCAUUAUGGAGCUUAUGAAAUCUGAAAUACAGCCACAGGAGUUUCUCAACAGGCGUUAUUUGCCUGAAGCAGAAUACUCUGUCAAGAAGAAGCCAGAAGAGCUCAGAUCUUGGGAAGCUGAGUGUGCUAGAAAACAAGAACCUCCAAAGUCCUGGGAGAUGCUUGUUGAUAUUAAAGAGCAGGAACAGAAGCAGAAACAAGAGACUUUAAAACCUUGGGAAGCUCGUGUUAGACAGCAAGAACUAAAAAGACCAGAUUCUCCAAAGCCUUGGGAAGCUUGUGUUAAAGAGGAGGAACAGAAACGUGAGUCUGCAAAGCCCUGGGAGACCCGUGUGGAGGAGGAACAACAGAAGAAGCUGGAAGCUCCAAAGGCAUGGGUAGCACGUGUCCGAGAGGAGCAGGAGUCUCCCAAACCCUGGGUAGCAAAGGUCAGGGAAGAGCAGGACCAGAAGAAACAGGAAUUGCCUAAGCCAUGGGUAACAAAAGUUAGGGAAGAGCAGGAACAGAGAAAGCAGGAGUCCUCAAAACCUUGGGUAACCAAAGUUAAGGAAGAACCAGAAGAAAAGCAGGAAUCUCCAAAACCUUGGGUAACUCAAACUAGGGAGCAAUCAGAACAAAAGAAGCCCGACCCUAUGAAAACAUGGGAAGUGCCCGUUAGGGAAGAGCAGCAGCAAGUGUCAUCACCACAGUUACAGAACCCUCCGAAGUCCUGGGCAGCUGCCAGUAUGGGGCCAAAGGAACAGAUGGGGCCAAAGAAGUUUGAUAUGGAACCCAAAGAAGUGCCUAAACCUGUACAUCAGCCAGCUGCAGAAUUUUGCUCUACUUCAACUCUUCCAAAAGAUCCAGUAUUGAGAAGGGAAAAACUUCAGGAUCUGAUGACUCAAAUACAAGGAACUUACAACUUCAUGCAAGAGUCCCUUCUGGAUUUUGAUAAAGCUUCACCAAGUGCCAUUGGUUCAUCCCAACUUCCCUCAGUUACUCCAGCAAGCAGUCCUGUAGCUUCAAAAGAGCAGAAACUGCCAAGUCAGAGUGAUUUUCUUCAGCAGCCUCUUCAGGCACUUCCCCCCUCGCUUCUCCCAAGUGAGCCACAGUCACCAUUGCCUACUUCAAGCACCCCCAUGCCAUCAGUGCCACCAGCACAAAGCUUUCAGUCUCCUCCAGCAAGCAGCAGUUCUGUCACGAUAACAGCAGCUCCCUUCCAGGCUAUGCAGACUGUAUUUAAAGUGAAUGCACCACUGCCUCCACGUAAAGACCAGGAAAUGAAAGAGGAUUCUUCAUAUUCAGUGGGAUAUAACCAGAGUUUUUCCACAGCAAGUACACAGACUCCUCCUCAAUGCCAGUUGCAAUCUUCUCAUGUUGUAGAACAAACCUCUCUUUCACAAGAAUCUCUGUCCUCGGCAGUGAACUAUCAACCUGAUGGAGCUGUUCCUGUUAGCAAUGGUAGCCUUGCCUUUUAUCCAGCACAGGCUAAUGUUAUCCCCAGACCCCCUCAGCCUUACCUCAACAGUCGUGGGUCUGUCAGAGGGUCUGCUAGAGGUGGAAGGUCACUGGCUAAUUCGUAUCGUUCCCCUGGUGGGUACAAAGGUUUUGAUGCUUACAGAGGUUCACCUUCAUUAACUAAUGGCAACUAUGGCCAGCUACAGUUUCCUGGUAGAGAUUAUGCUGGAAUGCCAUAUUCUCAGAGGGAUGUUAAUUACCAGCAGUGCUAUAAACGAGGUGGGAUAAGUAGUGGUCCUCGAGCAAAUUCAAGAGCAGGGUGGAGUGACUCCUCUCAGGUGAGCAGCCCAGAACGAGACAAUGAGACCUUUAACAGUGGGGACUCUGGGCAGGGAGACUCCCGCAGCAUCACCCCUGUGGAUAUGCCAGUGACAAGCCAGGCUGCCACCAUACUCCCGGUGCACGUCUACCCGCUCCCGCAGCAGAUGAGGGUCGCCUUCUCUGCUGCUCGAACGUCCAACCUGGCCCCUGGAACUCUAGACCAGCCCAUUGUGUUUGACCUGUUGCUGAACAACCUCGGAGAAACUUUUGAUAUCCAGUUUGGUAGGUUCAGCUGUCCGGUGAAUGGUACCUACGUCUUCAUCUUCCACAUGCUGAAACUGGCUGUGAACGUCCCUCUGUAUGUGAAUCUCAUGAAGAAUGAAGAGGUCCUUGUGUCAGCAUAUGCGAAUGAUGGGGCUCCUGACCAUGAAACAGCCAGUAACCAUGCAGUCCUGCAGCUGUUCCAGGGAGAUCAGAUCUGGCUACGGCUGCAUCGGGGAGCCAUCUAUGGAAGUAGCUGGAAAUACUCCACCUUUUCGGGAUACCUCCUUUAUCAGGACUAA